AUGAGAAUCACCUCCAUAAUAGGGGGAUUUAUCUGUUACCUUUUAUGUGAUGGCUGCACAUAUUCAGCUGGAAUACUAUACACUGUAUUCCUUUCUGCUUUUUCAGCCAAUAGCGUUUCAACUUCAUUACUUCCAGGAUUAAUAUACGCAAUUCCCCAAAUUAUAGCACUUAUUGUGUGUCCGUUCAUUGAAGUUGCUGGAUAUUCUGCCUCGGCAGCCUAUGGAGCAGCAAUAUUGGGCUUUAGUUUUGUUGGUCUGAUCAUAUUUUUGUUUUACAUGUUUCCGUUAGCUUCGGCUUGCACAAUGCUAGGUUCAGGAUUCGGCAUUUUUAUUUCAAAUCCACUCCUAGCUUGGGCUCUGUCCCUUUGGACCUGGCGUGAAAUAUUUUUUAUAGAAGCUGCAUUAUUCCUGAAUGUACUUAUCUCCUCAGCAUUUUUUUAUUGGCUUGAUGAGAACAAACGAUUAAUGUCAAUUAGUGCGGAAAAUUCAGAUUAUAUUAAAUCUCAACCGAAAACUAUAACUCACCUCAAGAAUUCGAUUGCUUCUAACAGUGAUCAUGGCUCGCAAAAUUCUUGGACUCGCAUUUUAUUCAGCCUUCGUGACAGUAUUUUCCAGCUUGCCUCGCGACGUAUCUGGACAAACCGUCCCUAUCUUUUUUACCUUGUGAUCAACGCCCUUGUAAUUGGUGCUGAUGUAAUUCCUUGGACUUUUAUGUACGACUACAUUCGUCGAGAGGCCGAACUUGGCCUUAAGUAUGCGGGCGAAAACGCUGAAUUGAAUGAGGAGCUGUUUGCGUGGCUGCCUUCUUCUAUGGGCAUCGGUUCUUGUAUCGGAAUGGUAUUCUAUGGAGCAACUGCCUACGCAAUGGACUCAUUAGCUAAACGGCGUAAAUUAAAACGGAACCAUGUCUUUGAUAUCCCUAGCUUGGCUGAAUCCACUGACAUCCAACUCAAGGCGUCUCCUGCCCCCAGUCAGAAGCAUCCCAUUUACCGUCAUUUUUAUCUAUCCAUGCUGAGACGCCAUUGGAUGCUGUUCUCUCUCAAUGUAUUCAUCAACUGCGCAAGUAUGCUUUUCGAUCAAACCGCAACCUACUUCCCAACAUUUAUCCUAGCCGCCAGUUUAUCUGGGCUUGGGUGUGUUUUAACGUUCAUUUCCUGGAUUGUUGAAUUCUUGAUUGGACAUCCAUCAUCGAAAUAUGAGAAAGCUGAGAAUCUGGAGGAGCAGUUUUCCAGCGUGUCUAUGAAACUGAUUUCCAGCCUCGAGGUUGACGAAAUGUAG